CCGGAUACACAGAGCUCCAUCGUAGCGAUCUUGACUCCGGUGGACCAGGCUCCCGCCGGGCAGACAACGGAGAAGGGUCAGUUAGUACCAGCACGACCACCGAGCAGCACCGAGUCUCUGACCUGAAACCUCCAUAAUGCAUGGGGGCAAGAGAGGGUUGGUGGCUCCGCAGAACACUUUCCUGGAGAAUAUAGUCCGGCGGUCCAGCGAAACAAGCUUCCUGUUGGGAAAUGCACAGGUCCUGGAGUGGCCAGUCGUUUACAGCAAUGAUGGAUUCUGCAAGCUGUCUGGAUACCACAGAGCAGAUGUGAUGCACAAGAGCAGCACAUGCAAUUUCAUGUAUGGUGAUCUGACUGAUAAAAAUACGAUAGACAAAAUCAAACAAACAUUUGACAGCUAUGAGUCUAAUUUCUAUGAGGUGCUGCUGUAUACAAAGAAUAAAACACCAAUAUGGCUUUACAUGCAGAUAGCUCCAAUCAGAAAUGAAAAUGACAAGGUGGUGCUUUUCCUCUGCACCUUCAGAGACAUCACCCUGUUCAAACAGCCAAUUGACGAUGAGUCCACAAGAGGGUGGACAAAGUUUGCCAGGCUCACACGAGCACUGGCCAACAAUCGAAACCUGGUGCAGCAGUUAACACCACUCAAUAAGUCGGAGGUCAGCCACAAGCCCUCCAGACUGGCUGAGGCUCUCCAGCUGGGAUCAGACAUUCUCCCUCAGUACAAGCAGGAGGCCCCUAAGACCCCUCCACACAUCAUCCUCCACUACUGCACUUUCAAGACCACUUGGGACUGGAUCAUCCUCAUCCUCACCUUCUACACUGCCAUCAUGGUACCCUAUAAUGUUUCCUUCAGGACCAAACAGAACAACUUGGCCUGGCUGGUUGUGGACAGUGUUGUCGAUGUCAUCUUUUUGGUUGACAUUGUGCUCAACUUCCACACCACCUUUGUGGGUCCAGCUGGAGAGGUGAUUUCAGAUGCCAAGCUCAUAAGAAUGAAUUACCUAAAGACGUGGUUUGUCAUCGACCUGCUGUCCUGCCUGCCCUAUGAUAUCAUCAACGCCUUUGAAAACGGUGAUGAUGAUAUCCUCACACAUGCCUCUUCCACGGGUCAUCUUCGUGAGUCACAUUUCCACAGAAAUAGCACACGGACUGAAGACUCCGUUCUCCCAGGUCUCAGCAGCCUCUUCAGUUCCCUUAAAGUCAUCCGCCUGCUCCGUCUGGGCCGCGUAGCCCGAAAACUGGACCACUACCUGGAGUAUGGAGCUGCAGUCCUGGUCCUGCUGGUGUGUGUCUUCGGCCUGGUGGCUCACUGGCUUGCCUGCAUUUGGUACAGCAUUGGUGACCACGAGGUCAUUGAUGAGACCACCAACACCAUUAAGACAGACAGCUGGCUCUACCAGUUGGCACUGAGUAUUGGAACUCCUUACCGCUACAACACUAGCGGUAAUGGCCGGUGGGAAGGAGGUCCUACCAAAGACACGCUGUACAUUUCUUCUCUCUACUUCACCAUGACUAGCCUGACCACCAUUGGAUUUGGUAACAUUGCUCCAACAACAGAUGGCGAGAAGAUUUUCUCCGUGGCUAUGAUGAUGGUGGGCUCGCUGCUAUAUGCCACAAUCUUUGGAAACGUCACCACCAUCUUCCAGCAGAUGUACACCAACACAAAUCGCUACCACGAGAUGCUCAACAAUGUGCGUGACUUCCUUAAACUUUACCAGGUUCCCAAAGGUCUGAGCGAGAGGGUCAUGGACUUCAUCGUCUCCACCUGGGCCAUGUCGAAGGGCAUUGACACAGACAAGGUUCUCUCCAUCUGUCCUAAAGACAUGCGUGCAGACAUCUGCGUCCACCUCAACAGACAGGUGUUCAAUGACCAUCCAGCUUUUCGCCUGGCAAGUGACGGCUGUUUGCGCUCUCUCGCCGUGGAGUUUCAGACUACACACUGUGCACCUGGAGACCUCAUCUUCCACAUCGGGGAGAGCGUUGAUACGCUCUGUUUUGUAGUCUCGGGUUCACUCGAAGUCAUCCAAGAUGAUGAGGUCAUCGCAAUACUAGGUAAAGGUGACGUGUUUGGAGAUGCAUUCUGGAAAGAGACCACGCUGGCUCGAGCCUGUGCGAAUGUGCGCGCUCUGACGUACUGCGACCUGCACGUCAUCCGGAGAGAGGCUCUGAUGCGGGUGCUGGAGUUUUACACCGCGUUCGCCAAUUCUUUCUCCCGCAACCUCAUCCUCACCUGUAAUUUGCGAAAACGGGUCAUCUUCAGGAAGAUUGCCGAUGUGAGGAGGGAGCAGGCGCAUCAGAGUGACGUGACUCUGUCGAUUCCCGAAGACCACCCGGUUCGCAAGCUGUUCCAGAAGUUCAGACAGCACAGAGACGCUCAAACAGGAGAGUCCAACACUUACUUAGAUCACAACUGCGUGCAGGUGGAGAUGCAGCAGCACCCCCAGCACCACACUGACUCAAACUCUUACACUCAGCCCAGUCACUCAGCAUCUCCUCAGCAGCAGCAGGAGAACACCUCAGCAGGAGGGGGGAACAAUUGCAACAUGCCUGAAAAGUCAGAGCAAAGGCUCACAAUGGAGGCGGUGGGGUCUGCAUCAAAGCCUUGUCCAGAGAGCCGGCUUGGCCAGAGCAGUGGUGCAGGUGGAGAGGGUAACGCAGGGAGCGGCAGAGGUGUGAGAGGCUGGGCAAAUAACAUAAGAGUUCGUCAGUUUCUGGGUCCCUCAAACGACCACGAAUCAGGAGGCAGGGGUUUGGAGCAGAGGCGAAGGCUAGGAUCAAUGCGCCCUCCAAUUACCGACUCCUGCGACAGUGGUAUCACAAAGAGCGAUCCACGCAUCGACCGAGCAGGAGAUUCAAGAAGCUCCUUCGAGCGAAGCCCGAUGGAAAGGAGCCCCAUGGAGAGAAAUCCAUUCGAGCACAGCCUCGGGGUUUACGCCGAGGUCUCCCUCAGACACUCAUUCGUGCAGCCGCUGUCUGAGCAAGCGCUGCUUCAAGCGACGCUCCACGCGGCCAAGCUGGAGCUGAAAGCAGACAUUCAGAUACUGAGCGGGAGACUGUCGCUGCUCGAGGCUCAGGUGAGCGAGAUCCUCAGGCUGCUGUCAGUAAAAAGACUCUCACUGCCGCCAGCGUCCUCUCCAAAAGCAAGACGGAAAAUUACAAUUUACAGUGUGUCCUGUAUCAGUGUCCUCAUGCACGCACUCUCCCUCUUGCAGGUCAUCUUCAGGAAGAUUGCCGAUGUGAGGAGGGAGCAGGCGCAUCAGAGUGACGUGACUCUGUCGAUUCCCGAAGACCACCCGGUUCGCAAGCUGUUCCAGAAGUUCAGACAGCACAGAGACGCUCAAACAGGAGAGUCCAACACUUACUUAGAUCACAACUGCGUGCAGGUGGAGAUGCAGCAGCACCCCCAGCACCACACUGACUCAAACUCUUACACUCAGCCCAGUCACUCAGCAUCUCCUCAGCAGCAGCAGGAGAACACCUCAGCAGGAGGGGGGAACAAUUGCAACAUGCCUGAAAAGUCAGAGCAAAGGCUCACAAUGGAGGCGGUGGGGUCUGCAUCAAAGCCUUGUCCAGAGAGCCGGCUUGGCCAGAGCAGUGGUGCAGGUGGAGAGGGUAACGCAGGGAGCGGCAGAGGUGUGAGAGGCUGGGCAAAGUUUAGAAACGCCACAUCUGCUGAGCCAGCACGUCCUCCUGUCGAGCAGGAGAAGCAGACUCAGAAAGCAGACGAGUGGCCGAAAGGAUCGCAGUCCUCAGAACAGAUCGCAGCCCCCAAAACGAACCACGAAUCAGGGGGAGGCGGAGAGAGGGGAAGCACAGACGGCAGCAACAGCGCAGGUGAGGAAACAAGCGCCCUGCACAAAACCGACUCCUGCGACAGUGGUAUCACAAAGAGCGAUCCACGCAUCGACCGAGCAGGAGAUUCAAGAAGCUCCUUCGAGCGAAGCCCGAUGGAAAGGAGCCCCAUGGAGAGAAAUCCAUUCGAGCACAGCCUCGGGGUUUACGCCGAGGUCUCCCUCAGACACUCAUUCGUGCAGCCGCUGUCUGAGCAAGCACUGCUUCAAGCGACGCUCCACGCGGCCAAGCUGGAGCUGAAAGCAGACAUUCAGAUACUGAGCGGGAGACUGUCGCUGCUCGAGGCUCAGGUGAGCGAGAUCCUCAGGCUGCUGUCAGUAAAAAGACUCUCACUGCCGCCAGCGUCCUCUCCAAAAGCAAGACGGAAAAGUCAAGACUCGGUCACCGCCUCCAGGCCGGCUUCACCCAAAACAGACGACGAGGAUCUUUAAAUUUUCUCACUUAAUAAAAAAAAAAAAAGAAUUCGAUAAGCAUCGUGCAUGUCCUGCUGGACUACAAGUUUUAAUACUUGAUUGCAUGCAGAAAUGUUACCUUAGCACCACAAGGAUCCAGGGAUUUAUCUUAUACUGUAGCUUUUAACUUAUGAGACACUUGUGUGUGAGAGGAAGCAGGGACAAAUAAUUAACAACAAGCACAAGAAGGAAAUGAUGCUUGAUGAGGUGCUUGGCAAAACAUGCAAGUUUGAUAAAAAUAAGAUGGAGUAGUUCUUUACGUUUCUGGAAGUCAGUUUACAGUUUUGAGGUUUUUUUAUUUUGUUUGUUUUCUUGGUAGAAAACCUUGAAGUUCACAUUUCUAUUUUGUGGACAAGCUGAAGCUCAGUGAGCAUUUCAUCAUGCACAGUGUAUUAUAAAUACACAGCUUUAUCUUAUUUAGGAGGGAAAUCCAGAGUUUUUGUUGCUCAUCCUCAGUGGAGCGACUACCUUCCGAGUUAAUUAUCAGGUAAUUAAAUGUGCCUUACAAUAGCAAAGCCUCACUGCGAGCUGUUUUGAUGAAAUCUAAUGUUAUAUAUACAUAUAAAUCUAUAUGCAUUGUCUUAUUUAAAAACUCAUUUCCUGUGCAUGUAAAAAUAAAGGACAGCAAUGCAAUAAUGCCACUUUUACAUUUUUGUUAAAGGUUUCUUUUCCUUCAGGAUGCGAACAUGUCACCAGGUUUUUGCAGCAGACUCAUUGUGCAUUUUUCUUCACGUAGCUUUGCAUCUUGCUCAGGUAUCUUUGUUCUCAGACUGAAUUUGAACGAUUUCUAUUUAUUAGCCAUUUUGUAAGAUAAAUGGUACUGCAUAUCCUGUUUUAAUCAUUUAAAUGAUGGUUCACUAUGCAUAUCUAAAGGGAAGGUGCACUAAACUCAGUUUGUUCAUAUUUUUUGGUGGUUUAUGAAGCCACUGGGGAAAUUCUGUGUGAACUGUAAGGGUCCAAGCAUGUGACUGUUAAGUAUGUCUGUUCUAUGUUACGUUCAGAGACGACCUUGCAUGCAUCCGAGGGAGCCUGUCAACUGUGAAAUGAGUAAUGAAAAGUAAUGCCUGCUCACCAUCUGUUGUUUAGUUUCUUCUCUUAUGUAACACAAAAGUCUGCCUUUAAACUGGAAAGUGCAACACGCAAGCGGGUUUCAU